AUUCUCUAACGCUCCAACGCUCUCUCUCUCUCUCUCUCUCUCUCUCUCUCGACGACGACGACGACGACGACGACGACGAGAACGAAGCUCUGAGAGAGAGGGAGAAAUGGCGGCCAAGCAGGACGACUUCGCGCCGCACCCCAUAAAAGAGCAACUUCCCGGCGUGGACUUCUGCCUUGCAAGCUCUCCUCCAUGGCCGCAAGCCAUCCUUCUUGCAUUCCAGCACUAUUUGGUUAUGCUUGGCACCUCCGUCUUCAUUCCUUCCCUCCUCGUCCCCCAAAUGGGCGGCGGCUAUGAAGAGAAGGCCAGAGUAAUCCAAACAUUGCUCUUUGUUGCAGGGAUUAACACAUUGUUGCAAUCUUAUCUUGGAACACGCCUCCCUGCAGUCAUUGGUGGCUCAUUCACCUACAUCCUCCCCACUAUUUCCAUCAUCCUCAGCCCUCGUUUUGCUUACAUCCCUGAUCCUUACUUGAGGUUUGAGGCUACAAUGAGAGCCAUACAAGGGGCUCUAAUCGCUGCUUCUAGUCUUCAGAUUGUUCUUGGGUUCUGUGGCAUUUGGAGGAUUUUCAUGAGGUUUCUCAGCCCUCUUGCUGCGGUUCCCAUUGUGACCAUCACUGCACUUGGGCUUUUCUAUUAUGGCUUCCCUAUUGUUGCAAGUUGCAUUGAGGUUGGGCUUCCUGCAAUUAUCUUGUUGGUUUUCUUUUCACAGUAUGUGGCACAUUAUUUUGAGAAGAGGAGGAUGAUCUUUGAUCGAUUUGCAGUUCUGGUCACGGUGGUAAUUGUAUGGGUUUAUGCGCAUAUUUUGACUGUGGCUGGAGCUUAUAAGCAUAGACCUCCAAAGACUCAGUUUAGCUGUCGUACUGAUCGGGCUGGCCUUAUAGGCGGUUCCCCAUGGAUAAAAAUUCCUUAUCCUUUCCAAUGGGGAGGACCCACAUUUGAUGCUGGAGAAGCGUUUGCUAUGAUGGCUGCUUCUUUUGCUUCUCUUAUUGAGUCAACAGGUACUCUCAUUGCAGUGUCAAGAUAUGCCAGUGCAACACCUGUACCACCUUCCAUAUUUAGUCGGGGCGUUGGCUGGCAGGGAAUAGCUAUAUUGCUGAGUGGAAUGUUUGGUACUGCAAAUGGCUCGGCAGCAUCAGUUGAAAACGCAGGUCUACAGGGGUUGACUCGUGUUGGAAGUAGGAGAGUGAUUCAAAUCUCAGCUUUGUUUAUGAUUUUCUUCUCUAUUCUAGGAAAAUUUGGUGCACUUUUUGCUUCUAUUCCAUUUCCGAUAAUUGCUGCCUUGUACUGUGUCCUAUAUGCCUAUACAGCUUCUGCAGGGCUUGGCUUCCUGCAAUUCUGUAAUCUAAACAGUAUGAGAACAAAGUUCAUAUUAGGCUUUUCUUUGUUCAUGGGCUUAUCAGUGGCGCAAUACUUCAGAGAAUACGAAAUCAUCGCUGGCUAUGGUCCUCUUCGUACUCAUGCAAGAUGGUUCAAUGACAUUGUGAAUGUGAUAUUCGGCUCCGCUGCAACCGUGGCAGCUAUUGUCGCAUAUUUCCUGGACUGCACCAUGUUGCGAGGAGACAGCGCUACUCGAAGAGAUAGAGGCUGGCACUGGUGGGAGAAAUUCAGGUCUUAUAAAACAGAUCCAAGAAGUGAAGAGUUCUAUGCUCUCCCUUACAACUUGGGCAAAUUCUUCCCAUCCCUGUAAUGUUUCUAAUCCUGCAUAUGACUUUUUGGAGAAAAAAAGUAGUAGACAUAGAAGUGAUCAAUAGAUUUGUUAAUGUUGUUGUUAUUGUUUUAUUUUAAUUUCAUUCAAGCAAGGAAUUUCAUUAUCAA